ACGUCUCCCAGUGGGUGCAGGGGCCCAAGCACCCAGGCGUCUCCCACUGCAGUCCCAGGAGCAUCAGCAGGGCGCUGGGUCAGAAGUGGAGCCCCCGGGGCCUGAACUGCUGCCCACACGGGACUUGGGCUCCACAGGCAGCAUCUUUCCCCGCUACGCCACUACUCCACCCUUAGCCUGAGUCCUAACAGCCUAGCCACACACGGGCCUGAAGGCAUGUUGAGGGCAAGCUGAAGGCGGUGCCAUGCAGCCUCGUGCUCCCCCUCCCAGCCCUGUCCAGGGGCCCCUCCCCCAAUCCGAGUCUCCCCAGGCCCCAGUAAGGAGCUAGGGUACUGGGGCUCCCAGUCUUGGAAACAACUAACACAGUGAGGAGAUCCUGGAAGACAGCUCCUGGCUGAGGAUCCCAGACUGUGCCGGGGCCGCCAGGCAGAUGGCACCCAGCCCUGAAGAGGGGUCCUGGGGCUGGGGUCUUGAGCCUGUUGUGCAGAGCUGCCCCUCCCCCACAUACUGAGAUCCUGUUCCCAGAGCUGUGAGGGAGGGGCUUAGAGAACUGACCCCACGUUACCUGCAGAUAUGGGUAAGCUGGACCGGGGAGUUCCCCUGCCCCCUGUCCCCUCCCGCAUCCCCACUCUGCACCCCACCCCUGGUCUUUGAAUAAAGCUUGACUGUCAGUGGAGUCUCUGUGUCCCUGAGGUGGGGGAGAUGGGCUGGAGGACUCCACGGGCACACACUGACCCCCUCUGCAGAAGCUGUGGGGCAGGAGUGGGCAGGGGAGGAGGCCCCAGACUUCCUCAGGGGGAAAGGUGUCCGGGGCCAGCACCCUCCUUUGAAAUAUGGCCAACUACAUCACACCCACCAAACAGAAGCAGGCUGUCCUACACAGAGGCAGCCACCAGAAAUCCUCUCUCACUGACACCCAUCCCCUGGAACCAGGGCCCCGGGUUGGAGAGUUCGUGUCGGGGGCUCCCCUCCCCUCCUCUGUUGCACAGCCCCAGAGCCAGACCCUGGGCAGGCCCCUGGUGCCCUGCUUCCUGAGUCCUGCAGGCUGGCCAGGAGCUUGCUGUGUGCCCAGGCCUCUGGCAUCUCCCUCGUCCACGGCUGGCACCCCUGGAACUGGCCCCUGUCCUAGUGCAGACAGCCCAGACUCCGGCAGCUCUGGCACACCUUCCUGGCUGAAUGCCCUGGGAGCGCCAUCAGGCGUCCAGCCUGGCCCAACCCAGCACAAGCCUGGGCACCAGCCCUCGUAGCACUCUGGGCAGUGUCAGGCCCUGGCACCGCUUUCUCUGCCAUGGCCCCGGCUGAGCCGUUGGCAGCUCCCUCCCCACCACCAACUCCCCCUGCACAGCCCCAUCCAUCUUCACUCAAUAUACAAAAACACUGAAGAAAUAACCAGGGGUGGGUGUUGGCACAGUGAGAAGUCACACCCACAUCCCUGAGUGCCUGGUCUGGGUCCUGGCUCCACGUGCGUCAGAUCCAUUUCUUGCACAUGCACCCUGGGAAGGAGGGAGGUGAUGACUCAAGGACUUGGGUUCCUGACAGGCUUGGAGACACUGGCUCCCGGCUUAGGCCAGCACAGCUGGAGCUGUUGCAGCUCUUUGGGAAGUGAACCAGUGGGUGGGAGUGCUACCUCCCUUACUCUCUUCUCUCUGUCUUUCAAAUACAGAAACAUCUUGACAGAGAGAGACAGAGACAGGAUCAGGCGUUGUGUGGCCCCUGAUGAAGCGCCCUUGGGAGGCCUGCAUGUCGUACCAGAGUGCCCGUUGAAGCCCUGCUGCUUCCCUCCCUCAGCUCCCUGGGAUGCAGUGGGUGACGACCCCUGUACUUAGGGCCCUGCCACCCAGGUGCGACCCGGAUGGAGUUCCUCCUGGUUUGCCCAGCUCAGCCCAGUGAAAGCAUAUGGGGAGUGAAGUAGCAGAUGGGAGACCAAUCCGAGGACUUCCCUAUCUUUGUGUCACUCUGCCUUUCAAUUCAGUACAUAAAUAAAUAAGUCAUUCAAAACAAAAUUAGGCCGGAUCCGCAGCUCAGUAGGCUAAUCCUCGGCCUGCGGCGCCGGCACCCCGGGUUCUAGUCCCGGCUGGGGCACCGGAUUCUGUCCGGUUGCUCCUCUUCCAGUCCAGCUCUCUGCCCUGGCCCGGGAGUGCAGUGGAGGAUGGCCCAGGUCCUUGGGCCCUGCACCCGCAUGGGAGACCAGGAGGAAGCACCUGGCUCCGGGCUUCGGAUCAGCAUGGUGUACCGGCCGCAGCAGCCAUUGGAGGGUGAACCAAUGGAAAAGGAAUGAGCACAGCAUGGGGUUGCUGUCAUGGCACAGGGCCCUGUGGCUUAGCCGCCUGCACCUGGCAUCAAACUGGAGUCCCUGGCGCUCCACCUCUGACCCAGCUCCAUGCUACCAGCCUGGGAAAAGCAGGGGACGGUGGCCCCAAGUGUUUGGGCCCUUGAACCCACCUGGGAGACCUGGGUGGAGCCCCUCUCCUGGUUUCAGCCUGGGUCACUUAAGGCCUUUGUGGCAGCAGAGCUGUGGGCCGGCAGUGGAGGAGCUCUCUUUCCCUGUCUCUCCCGCUCUCUUGGAAGUCUUUCAAUAAAUCAAUAAAAGAGAAGGAAGCCUGUGUUCCCACGGAGCCCACCCCGUGAAUGUUCACAGCGGCUGUCUGGGCCAUAGCAACCCAAAUGUCCUCAAGGCGUGAACGGACCACGUCCGGCCUUGCCCCAGAGAGGAGUCGAGUGCUGCCGCCCAGCCCCGCCCGGAUGAAGGGGAAGGAGGCAUCUGCACAGACUGCACCGACGACUCCAUGGACACGACGUUCCUUUUGGGAUUUACUUAUUGGAAAAGCUGAGUUGUAGAGACAGAGACAUGGCGAGAGAAAGAGAGAGAGGGACACAAAGAGAGAGAGGGACAGAGAGAGAGAGGGACAGAGAGAGAUCUUCCAUCCAGGGUUCACUCCACAAACGGCUUCGAAGGCUGGGACUGGGCCAGGCUGGAGCCAGGAGCCUGAUUCCAUCCUGUGUGGCACGGAGGUGGCAGGCACCCAGGCUCUGGGGCCAUCUUCUGCUGCUUUCCCAGGCACUGUAAGAGGGAGCUGGACUGUGUGGCAGGAAGGAACAGGGGAGCAGGGGCUGGGCUGGGCCGCAGUCCCUGUCUGAAAUGCCCGUGUGCGCUCCCUGUGGACUGCACGCUGGGUUUUGCCUUGCAAAGACUGUGUAAAAUGUGCUUUCCUGACUGCCGGGUGUGGGGCCCCCUCCCCCGGCUCUUCCUCAGAUUCCCAAAUACCAGGACCCACUUCUCGCACAUCCCCCGCAUACGGCCUCGGCGCAGGUGCACACUCAUGGCGUCAAGCUGGCAUGGCGGUGGACAACGCGGUCAAGAACAUGGACAACUUGGAUGGCACGCUGUCCACGCUGAGGCACACGCUCCCCUACAUGCUUCGCGUGGACCCGGUCAACUUCAGGCUGCUGCCCAACUGCCUGCUGGUCACCCUGGCCGGGUACCUGUCCAGGGACUUCACCGCCGAGUCGCAACUCACCUGGGACAAGUUCCUGCGCCACGUGUUCAUCAUCCUGACCGAGAAGUACCCCUGAGAACACUCAGCACCCCUGGACAGCCGGACACCCCUCCCGUGUCCCUGACCCGCCCGGGCACCCUCUCCACUCCCCAAUAAACUCAUGCAGAAGGAUGA